AUGCAUAUCCACCUUAUAUGCACUAUAAUAUUCGAUCCAGAUCAAGUAUUUAGUGAACUUUACAAACAGCCAUUGUCGGAGGCUUUCAUAGAUCAGUCAAGCGUAUACUCAACAAGCGACUCUGAAUCCACUUUGGCUUCUUUCAUUAAACUGUUUAAUGACUUAAGCUUUGAAAACCCAUCGGCAGACAUUAGGAAGACCAUUCUAGAAAAGCUUUUCCGCCAAUACAGGGGAUUAUACUCAGCCACAUCUUGCUUCUUUUGUCUAUGCAGAAAUCCGGAGCAUAUGAUGCCGUGCCGCCAUGCCAUUUGUGAUAACUGCACUAUCAUUUUUGGUCAACCUAGUAGAAAUGCAGAGUACCACUUUGUUAUACACCAGUGCCCGCUAUACAAUCAGAACUUGGAGUUAACAAUCUCUCAGCUUCCUCCGAUGAAAAGACCAGUCAUUCUCAGCCUGGACGGCGGGGGGAUUCGAGGUAUUUUGCAGCUUGGUCUUCUAUAUGGCUUAGAGAAAAGAAUCGGUAGUAGGAUAUCGCUGCCUCAGAUAUUUGAAUUGUCCGCAGGGACCAGUGUUGGGGCUUUGAAUCAGAUGGAUUUUGCAUUUAACAAAAACUCCGCGGAACAAAGUUUCGAAAAGUUUCCACAAUUUGCUCAAGAGAUAUUUCCCUCGCCGAGGCCUUCUCAGGCAGUUUCUUUUGCUAAUUGUGAGAGAUGGAUGAGAUGGCUGACGGGAGUCCUAACCGAUGGCCAGUACGAUGAAGAGAAUCUUGAAAAUAUACUUAAGAAAUCUCUUGGCUCAAAUCGUCGAAUUUUUGACGUUGGAACAACUUCCGGUGUGGGAAGCCGAGUAGCAGUUAUCACCAGUCGAGUGUCCGACGGCAGGGCAUGCGUGAUAGCGAAUUAUCGCGGUGCAGGUUUUCGUAGUGCUGAGUCAGCAUACCAAUUUCUCAUGCCUGAAGCCCAAGAUCAAAACCCUUUUUUGUGGGAAGUACGAAAACGCUCGCCGGAUUUGGUCCUUUAUAAGAUGGUGGUGUGCGUGCAAAUAAUCCCCUGGCUAUUGCCUUGA